UCGUACCUCGCCGAUAACUGAACUCGUGCCUCACCGCUCCGCUCUCACUCUCUCAGCCAUAGUUUCAAGCAAACCAAUCGAUUCUCCUCAGGUAUGACGAUUGAUCAGUUGCCUAAAUGCUUAUUCAAAGAGGGAACUGAAACACAAGUUGAGAAGGUCAACAACAGUUGUCGAACUUCCAUACUUGCGAAGGUGGCGAAGUACUGUCCAGACGAGUACAAAGAAGUGUCGGAGGAUCCGCUAUUUGCUCAGAUUGUGGCCAUUCAUGUACACAAGCUUCAGUUUUCGGCAAGAGCGAUCCACACCUUCGUUUGCAAGCAGCUUCUGUCCGCAAAGCGUUAUGAGUUGUGGUUCCAUUAUGCUAGGAGGCCUCUCAGAUUUUCAAUGCAAGAAUUCUAUGCCAUCACAGGUUUGAAAUACAAUGACGAGCCCGACUUGGAGAUUGAUGACUGGGAAUAUGAUGGAGGGUUUUGGAGUAAGUUGCUAAGGAGACAGAAAAAUAUUUCGGUUCAGCAAAUCAGGAAGGUUCAUGUGAAGUUGUGUAAUACAUGGUCUCGUGUUGAUAGGCUGCGGUUGGUCUAUUUGUGUGUGAUUGCUGGUAUUCUUAUGGCGAAGGAUGAGAAGGUGUGGAUCCCAUACAAGUACAUCAAGCUCGUGAUGAACUUCGAGAAGAUGAGGAAAUAUCCGUGGGGUCUUCACUCUUUUGAUAUGCUGGUGAGUUCCAUUAUCAAUGCUAGGGAUAAAGUGAAGACGCAAAACAGUUAUGUCGUAGAUGGAUUCUCGUAUGCACUUCAGAUUUGGUUGAUGGAAGCUGUUCCGGACAUUGGGUCUCUUUUGGGUCAGAAACUGAGAGAAGGCGUGAAAACCAUGAGGUGCAGAAAUUGGAAAGGAUCUGCUAAGAUUUCCUAUGAGGAUAUUAUUACCAUAGAGUCUAAUUUUGCUUCCACCGGAGAUGUGUUUCCAUCCAUUUCUACAUCUGGAAAUUUCAAAGACGUGAUUACUGAUGCCGAGUUUGUUCGAGUCUGUGAGAUGAAGGAUGAAAGAGUUGAUCUAAUCAUUGACAUGCAGCGAAACAAGUAUGACUGGAGUAAGCAUGUUUGGGCUUAUAAGGAAACAGUGAAACCAUUUCAGUACAGUUCUGAGGAAGAUGGUUCAGAUGAGGAAGCGGCUGUAGAGACAAGUGAAACUGAAAUUGAAGAAGAAAUAGAAAGCACCCGUGUGUCUCCUACUAAGAAGAGGAAGAACAGGUUUCGGGAUACUGGUGCGGAGUCGAGGAAGAAGAGGUUACUUUGCCAAAGAUCAACCGAGAAAUAUAGAGAUCUUGAAGAGGAAAUGAAGUCCUAUAUCCAGAGUAUGUUUAACUCUUCUUUUACUGCCUUAGGCCUCGAGGUACGCGAGAUUAUUGAAGACCGCUUUACCAAAUUAGAGGAGAAGAUCCUUUCAUCUCAGACUCAGGGUGGUGCACCUGCUAAUACUCAGACUCGUGGUACUGAUCCGUUUUGGACUCCUUCUGCUGCUGCUGCUGGUGCUGCUGCUGCUGCCACUGCUCCGGCUUCGGUUUCUGGUCGUCCUCCUGCUCCUACUCGGGCUUCUACUGAAGCUCCUGCUUCGGUUUCUACUCCAGGUCUUGCUCCUUCUCGCAGUGCGGCUUCUGCUCCUUAUCGCAGUCGAGCUUCUGCGACUGCUCACAAUGGUGGUCCUGCGAAUGCUGCGAAGACAAGGUCUCAGACAAAGGUAAACAAGAAGUAGAUCAUUUUUCAUGUCUUCGGUUGCUGUUAUAUUUUCAUGUCUUUGGUUGCUUUUCUUUUUCAUGUACUCGGU